AUGAAGUCCCUCUGGAAAACCGCCUGGGCACUUGAACGAAGGUCCCAUGUUCUCCUUCCUGUAGUGUCUGCGGUCCCCAUACCUGCUACCAGACGAGGUCAGAAAUUCACAGGUGCAAGCGGAUAUGGAGGGGAUGAUCGACGAGCUGCCGGGGCGCCAUCCUACCAGACGCUCCAAAAUCUUCGUUCAGACCUCGAAAAUCAGCAAGACAGCGAUGCCUCCUCAACAUCCACUCAGCCGCAGGGCUUCAGGUCCCGGAGCAAACAAGGAGAUCGCUCUCGAUACAACGUGUUCAACAGGCUAGUUUAUGCUCGCUUUGACAUGUUGGUCCGAGAGGGUAGCUUCAAGGACCUAAAGUCGCUAGGCAUACGAUCGGGUCAGGAUUUAGCAAAGGAGGCAUCUCUCUUCCGGAACGUCAUCGACAAGGCUCUUGACUUGGCCACGCGCAAGGGACGUACAGGAAGGCAAGAAAACCCGUAUUUCUGGAGUUGGCGAAAUGCCUUCAUCAACGGCGACAUUGGGGCCCUCUCGACCGAGCUCAAACACUCUUUCACUAGCUUCAUCAUCAGACAACACCUCUCAGAAGAUGCCAUUGCAUGCCAUGAAAGAUUGGCUGACUUCCGUUACCCACAUGAAUGGUUUCCGGCCACGAGGACAAUGCAGAGGAAGAUUCAUUUGCACGUCGGACCAACGAAUUCGGGCAAAACAUACCAUGCCCUGAAGGCAUUAGAAGAGGCCAAGACUGGUGUCUAUGCUGGCCCAUUACGGCUUCUGGCCCAUGAAAUUUAUACGCGAUUCCAGGCGAAGGGCAAGCGCUGUGCUCUGAUCACUGGAGAGGAGCAGAGGAUUCCCGAGGGUGAUGAAAGCUACUUCGCAAGUUGUACGGUCGAGAUGACACCUCUCAACCAACGCGUUGACGUUGCCGUGAUCGACGAGAUCCAGAUGAUUGGGGAUGAAAUGCGAGGAUGGGCUUGGACGCAAGCACUGCUUGGCAUCCAGGCAAAAGAGCUCCAUUUGUGUGGCGAGGAGCGGACAGUGCCACUCAUCCAGGCUAUCUGCGCCAAGAUCGGAGAUGAAGUCGUGGUCCAUCGAUACAAGCGUCUGAGUGGUCUGCAGCCCAUGCAAGAAAGUUUGAAAGGCCGCUUUGAGAAUUUGCGCAAAGGCGAUGCGGUCGUGUCUUUCUCGAGGGUCAACCUGCACACGAUCAAGUCUGGCAUCGAACAGGCGACUGGCAAGAAGUGUGCUAUUGUCUACGGGUCUCUACCCCCUGAAAGCAGAGCUCAGCAGGCUGCCUUGUUCAAUGAUCCUGACAACGACUACGACUUUAUCGCCGCAAGCGAUGCUAUUGGCAUGGGGCUCAACUUGGAAAUCAAACGAGUUGUCUUUGAAGCUGUCACCAAGCAUGAUGGCAAAAAGGUUCGAACGCUGACGAUACCCGAACUCAAGCAGAUCGGCGGCCGGGCCGGAAGAUACAGAACUGUAGCACAGGCGACUCAAGAUCCGGCUGCCACACCGACACCGCCAACGUCCACUGAGAACCCGGUCCUUGAGCCAAAGGGCCCCAAGCCGGAAUCGGGACAAGGGGGUCUUGUGACCACACUGGAAGAGGAAGAUCUCGAAGUCGUUCAUGGCUCCUUCGACGGCGAAGUAGAGCCUCUGAAGACGGCGGGACUUUUCCCACCCACUUUUGUCAUCGAGCGCUUCUCGUCAUAUUUCCCAGCCGGGACACCAUUCUCUUUCAUACUUCUUCGUUUGAGAGAUAUUGCUCGUCUGCCAUCUCUUUAUCACAUGUGCAAUCUCAAGGAUAACAUCGACAUCGCCAAUAUUUUACAAGCCUAUCCGCUAAGCAUUCAUGACCGUUGCAUCUUCCUCACAGCGCCGAUAUCAUUGAAAGAAAAUGGCAUGAUCGCGGUGCUCAGGGCUUUGGCGUCCCGCGUGGCGCACAACGACAGCGGCAAACUGCUUGACAUCAAGGAGUUCAACCUCGAAAUCCUCGACUACACCCUUGAUAAUUACCCGCAAGGUCGCGCGGUGUACUUGAAGCAACUGGAGGCCCUGCAUAAAUGCUUGACAUUGUAUUUGUGGCUGAGCUACCGCUACGUUGGCAUCUUCCAAAGCCAGGCUCUUGCCUUCCACGUCAAGUCGAUGGUGGAGGAGAGGAUCAACGAGUAUCUAGAGAAGCUCGACUACUCGCCCGAAGCCAGAAGGGAGCGGGUGCGGCAGAUGCGGAAGGAAGCUACCAGAAAGGAGCGCAUUGCUCUAAAGGUGUUGAGCGAUGGGGAGGACGACGAUCUUGAGCAAGAACAGGAGACGGUUGGUGACUGGACUGUGGAGGGCCACGAGGAGCCGCUUCUCAACGGCAUGGGCGAGGCGGAAAAGAUCCCGCAUACACGUGAAGUAACCCCAUGA